UUUUUCGAUAGAUUUUUUUAUCACAAACGCAAGCGACCAAAAAAAUGGAAAAGAAGUCUCCAUUGCCAUAUCCAAUCCAGACAGACUUGCUCCAUUGGAGAGGAGAACACCUCGCAAAACCAUAGUCGUUGUCAUUAUAGGUGAAAAACGCAAACCCAAACAGAGAAACCCAAGAAAAGUAGCCUUUUCUCGCCUUUCCAUUCCUUCUCCAUUGUUUUAGACCAAGAAAAUGUUGACCUCCGCUGCUCCCACACCCUUCACCUUGAAGACCGCUAAUGCUCAAUACAAACUCCCCAACACUCUCGUGGAACUUAUUCCAUUUGCAAGCAGAGGCACCAAGAGAAGCAAUCUAACAGUCCUGUCCCAUGCGACUCAACAUUGUAAUCAUCAGUAUCAUGUCCCCAAUACGAAUUCUCGCUCUAACCGUGCAGUCACCGCAAGGGUCAGCAGUGAUGGUGGUGGUGCGUUUGAUGCUGCCCCACAACACUCUACACCCUCCGAUAUUGAAGAAAUUAAGAGCACUUCUACAAGCUUUGGGGAUGGUUAUGUGGCCUUGUUUGUUAGAAUGCUUGGGUUAGACCAUGAUCGUCUUGACAGAGAACAAGCAAUAGUGGCUCUUUGGAAAUAUUCUCUUGGAGGAAAGAAGUACAUUGAUGCUAUCAUGCAGUUUCAUGGCUGCAUAACUCUGACCUUAAACCUUCUUCAAUCAGAAUCUAGAAGCACUUGUGAAGCAGCUGCAGGCCUUCUACGAUCGAUUUCUUCAAUCAAUUCAUACAGGGAAUUAAUUGCAGAUAGUGGAGCAAUUGAAGAGAUAACUGGGUUGCUUAGCCGACCUUCAUUGACUCCUGAUGUAAAGGAACAAAGUAUAUGUACUUUGUGGAACUUAUCUGUGGACGAAAAGCUUAGGGAAAAAAUUGCAAACAAUGAUCUCCUGCCAUUGCUUAUCAAGUCCCUUGAUGAAGAGGACGUAAAAGUGAAGGAAGCAGCAGGGGGGGUUUUGGAAAAUUUAGCAUUGAGCCGCUUCACCCACAACAUGAUGGUUGAAGCAGGUGUUAUACCAAAAUUGGCCAAGAUCCUAAAAACUGAUGUAGAAGGCUUUAAAGUCACUAAAAAGGAAGCAAGAAAUGCAUUGUUGGAGCUAGCUAAGGAUGAAUAUUACAGAAUCCUUGUUAUAGAAGAAGGUCUGGUUCCUGUCCCCAUGAUUGGUGCAGCAGCAUACCAGUCCUUCAGACCAGAUUUGCAUUCCUGGCCUAGUUUACCGGAUGGUAUAGAGAUUGAGCAAACUUCUAAAGGUCCUUCUAGGUUUGGGGCUUCUGAAUUACUCCUUGGAUUAAAUAUUGAUGACAAGAGUUUAAACAUAGACGAGGCCAAGAUGAAAGCAAUAGUUGGGCGAACGCAGCAGCAGUUCCUUGCUCGUAUUGGGGCUAUAGAGAUGGAGAACAGAAAGAAAUCUCAAUCUGAAUCCUCAGCUGAUCACCGGCUUACACUUUUACCAUGGAUGGAUGGUGUAGCUAGAUUGGUUUUGAUUCUUAAACUUGAAGAUGAGGCGGCGAUAUCAAGAGCUGCAGAGUCAAUUGCUGAUGCAUCUAUCAAUGAACAUAUGCGGGUUGCAUUCAAAGAGGCUGGAGCAAUCAAGCAUUUAGUUCAGCUUUUAGGCCAUAAUAACGUUUCUAUCAAGUUGGCUGUAACUCGAGCUUUGGAGAGGUUGUCUAUCAACAAUGGUGUUUGCCAAAUAAUUGAAGCUGAAGGUGUCGUUGAUCCUUUGGUCAAUACACUAAAGCAGUCACAGAUCCCUGAAAGUCUGAUGGAAAAGAGUUUGAACAUACUUGCUCGAAUAUUGGACCCUAGCAAAGAGAUGAAAUCAAAGUUUUAUAAUGCACCAGUUAAUGGAUCAAAAAAGGGAUUGGGUUCAGCAGGAAGCCCUGAAGUUUCUGCAGGAUUAAAUGGAAAUAUGGUUGGAAAACCCUUAUCAAAUGCAAAUAGCUGGAAAGAUGUGCUGGACACUGCUUUCAUUGCUCGCCUCAUUAUGAUGCUGAAGACCUCAUCCCCAAGUUUACAAAGAAAAGCAGCUUCCAUUCUUGAGUUUGUGACACUUAUUGACCCGAGCUUGGGCUCAAUCAUUGCAGUAGAUAUUGAAUCCGGUUUGGAUGCUGUUUUCCAGCAAAAAGUUUUGAAAGACACUGAUUCUGAAGCAGCAAGCCAGCAGCCAGAAAAGUAUGCCCUUGAAGUCGAAGAAGCUGGUCUUGCAAUAUCGGCAACAUCCCGGUUACUAACAAAGCUGCUCGACUCUCAGCAAUUUCGCCAAAAUAUGAAUUCCAGUCAUUUCACUAAAUUGCUCCGAGAAAUCCUAAAAUCAAACAUCCCCCUUCACAGAAAAGAUUGGGUUGCUGCUUCCCUUGUUAAACUUAGCUCUCUUUCUGGUGGCAACUCUGAUUUUGAGAAUCCCAUCAACAUGGAGGUAACUCUAUAUGAGACGAUCCCAAGACUUAUAGAGCAGAUGAAGUCCUCUCUCUCUUUAGAAGCUCAGGAAGCUGCAGUUAUGGAACUCAACAGAAUAAUUUCUGAGGGAUUGGUGGAUUCAACUCGAGCUAUUGCUUCUAAGGGGGGAAUAUUUCCAUUGGUAAAGCUCAUUGAAGAAGGGAGUGAGAGGGCUGUUGAAGCAAGCUUGGCAAUUCUUUAUAAUCUAAGCAUGGACAUUGAGAAUCAUUCAGCUAUUAUAGCUGCUGGAGCAGUGCCCGCUUUAAGGAGAAUUAUACUAUCACAAAGACCACAGUGGCCACAAGCACUUCAUUUGUUGAGGAUUUUACCAAAUUGACGAGACCGUGCACAAAUACCAUAAUUAGGCAGACCAAAUAUGAAAAUAUAUGUCAAGGGUAAGUUUAUAUGCACACUACACUGCACGAUAUGAUACAGUACAUGACGAAAUGCUUUUGGAAAAUCCAUUCUAUUGUCGCAGAGGUUGAUGCUGCGGUUCUGAUA